AUGGGGAAAUUUCCCGGCCACGUUGAUAUUCCCCGAUUGAAACAAGGUAGAGUUGGUGGUACGUUUUGGAGUGUGUUCGUGCCCUGUCCCGAGAAUGGGACCGAUUUCUCCGACGGGAAUUAUGCAGCAAGUGUGCGUGAGACGAUGGAGCAGGUGGAUAUCAUGUCGAGGAUUCAGCAAGCAUAUCCUAAGGUCUUCUCGACCCCGCCAAAUGGUACUACAGCCAUGUCCGCUUUCCGCGCAGGAAAGAUCAUCUCACCGCUUGGUAUCGAGGGCUUGCAUUCGAUCGGAAACUCACUGGCCCACCUCCGGAUCUUCUAUGAGCUGGGGGUUUCGUACGCAACUCUGACGCAUAAUUGUCAUAAUCGGUAUGCCGACGCCGCCAUUCUCGAACUUCCAGGCGGGGGAAUAAAAAAAUCCGAUCCUCUCUGGCACGGUGUCAGUGAAGAAGGCCAGAAGCUGGUAUUUGAGAUGAACCGCCUUGGGAUGAUCGUCGAUUUAGCCCAUGUUAGCACGGAGACCAUGCGUGAUGUGCUGGGUGCUGGCAAGUCCGAAUGGGUAGGGAGUCGUGCUCCAGUGAUUUACAGCCAUAGCUCAGCCUAUGCACUAUGUCCCCACCCGCGCAAUGUACCCGACGACAUCUUGGAGCUCGUCCGUGAGAAGAACUCCCUGGUUAUGGUCAAUUUCGCACCGGACUUUAUUUCCUGCACGGCGUCUGAUCGCGCUGAUGGGAUCCCAGACGCGGACCCUGUUCACGCCACUCUGGAACGUGUCGCUGAUCAUAUCCUAUACAUUGGUAAUCUUGUAGGCUUCGAGCAUGUCGGGAUAGGUAGUGAUUUUGAUGGUAUUCCGACGGUUCCUCGAGGAUUGGAGGAUGUGUCCAAGUUCCCGAGUCUGAUAAAGGAGCUGUUGAAACGAGGAGUCAGUGAUAAAGAUGCAAGUAAGGUGGUAGGAGGCAAUCUACUAAGGGUUUGGAAGAAGGUGGAUGAGGUGGCGCUCGAGAUGCAAGCUGAGGGUGCAUUGCCUGUGGAGGACUGA